CCGGCGGACUUUCGGAACCGUGUACGGCGUCAAACAUGGGGUUCCCUGGCGUCAAAACUCGUCGGAGCAGAUGCCGUACCGUUCAAGAAGCCCGGGGUGCACGAUACGCUGCGCUGGAUUGAGGGAGGGCAAAUGUAUAAAUCAUGGCGGAUAUAUCGCCGUUUGAGGUGCGUAAAGGCUUCUAUGUACAAGAAGUGGUCGAUUACAUGUUUGGGGUGUUCCUUGCUAUGGGAGCCCUCAACGUUUGGACCAAUCUCAGCGCUACACUUCGCCGCCCAGAUCGGGUCUACAUCUUGGGGACCAUUGCGGCCGUGCUUCAGUGGGCCGAUAAGCUCCUUCUCGCCAUUGGGAACUCGGCCCAAGUAUCAUAUCCCGUCUGCUCAUUCUUGACCGAACUCGGCAGUUCCUGCUACUACAUUUUUCAGAUUAUAUCUACCGGGAUCUUGAUUUACCGAGGGACUACCGCUCUUUCCCAUCAACGCAGGCUAGCUGCACAGAUCGUGUUGUCAGCACUUUUGACCGUGUCCAUCGUGACAAACGCCGUCAGUGCUGUGCGAAAGGAAAUGUUCGUUGGCGCCGACGGAAUAUGCGUUGCAAUCUUCGACAAGACAUGGAAUAACGUCGCCAAGAGUAUUUUGCUUGUUCUAUACAUCCUUCUCCUGUUCUGCUUUGUUGUCCCGGUGCUGGAGCACUUGCAAAAGGCGAAGAGAAGUGGCCUAUCUGCCAAAAGACUCCAACAAGUCUUACUGAGUAUGGCCGGCAAGAUCUUCCUCGUCAUCCUCGCGUUCACCAUCACCAUCGCGCUCUCCCUAGCGGGUUACUUUGGGACCUAUUGGAGCAUCGAAUUUAUGCUUGAGGACUACUUCACGAUCCUUGCCUCUACUUGGUCAGUCGGACCCGACACAAGCUCGGACAGUUCAUCUACCGGCUCGAAUUCAGCUCAAAGGAAUACCGUCAUGAAUGGGACGCGUGGCAUCAGCAGCAACAUGGCUGCUUCCAACGUCAACAUCUUGAAGACCUCUCGAACUGCCGCGAGCACUCAACAGCAGCGAGCCGGAAAAUCUACCCAACAGAUAGAUGGAGUAUGAACUUUGAAUCUUGU